GUCAAGCUCCAACUCUAGAGGUUUUGAACAAAGUGGGUUUGGGCGGCCCAGACGCCCUCAGUCUCCAGAACCGAAGUUGUCCUCUGUUUCCUCAAGCAUCAAGUCAUCCUCGAGCAAAAAAAAUAGCAGUAAGGGGUCAAGGUCACCUGAGGGCAAGUCGAGGUCAAGUUCAAGUGAGAGUUCAGGGGGUGGAAGUAUACUUAGUGGGAGUGGAGCUAAGAGUCAGUCUAGCAAGUCUAAGUUGGUAAAAUGUCCUCUAACACCUGUUAAGUCUACUCAGGCCCAGCUAGAGGAGGGAGAGACAAAGCCGGAGGAGAAUCAGAUGCUAGGGAUCUGUGUACAGAAACUACCACUAAGAUCCACUGACACCAGUAUCAGAGAUGGCCUCUAUCAUGAGUACAAGAAACACGGCAAAGUCACCUCUGUUAAAGUGUUUGGCGAUGGACCUGACAGAUAUGCUAUAGUCAGUUUUAAAAAAUCGGAAGAUUCUAUAAAGGCUAUGGAAGCGUCUCAGGGGAAGCUGUUCUUUGGCUCUAAGAUAUCUGUGACAGAACAUGAAGGCUUCGAAGCACCACCUGAUGAAGUUGAUGAUCGACCCACUGACAUAACACUAGAUGAGUUCCACCCCAAAGCCACACGCACACUCUUUAUAGGCAAUUUAGAGAAGGAGAUCUCCUCUACCGAACUUAAAGAUAGAUUCAAAGUUUUUGGUGAUAUUUUAGAUAUUGAUGUAAAGAAACAGGGUGCGCUGACAGCGUAUGCAUUUAUACAAUACACAGACAUUAGCAGUGUAGUUAGAGCACUCAGAAAAAUGGAUGGCGAACAUAUAGGGAGUAAUAAACUAAAACUGGGCUUUGGAAAAAGUAUGCCUACUAACUCUGUAUGGAUAGAUGGCGUAGCAGACACUGUGACGGAGAAGUUUCUCUGUAGACAAUUUAGUCGAUAUGGACCCGUGCAACAUGCUAUUAUAGAUCGGACGUUAUCACGCGCUCUAGUGUAUUAUGAUAAUAUGGAAAUAGCCCAAUAUGCUUGUACUGAAAUGAGGGGGAGAGCUAUCUCUGGAAAGAAGAUCCAGGUUGAUUUCGCCAGCCGAGAUUGCCAAAAUGAUUUCUUUGAACAGCUAGAGCGGACCAAUCAGCUUCGACCUGGAGAUAAACCUGAAGAACACCAAAAACCGCGGCCUAGAGAAUAUGAGACUGAUGAAAGGUUCGAGGCUACUAGAGGUUUUGAAGGGCGGGGCAGAGGUUAUCGAGGGCGUGGUAAUUUUAGAGCUCGGGGUAGAGGUCGUGGGCGUUAUAAUCAUGAUGGCUAUCCUGACAGAGGAGAUUCCAGGGAAUACCCUGAGGAAUAUGAAGGUGAAUGGGAGGGAGAAAAUUAUGAAGGGUCCUAUCAGGAGUUUAAUCAGAGACCCAGAGACUACAGGGGUCACUCACCCCAUAGGGAUUCUAGGGGUGUUUCACCCCAUAGAGACGACUGGGGGGAUCCCAGACUUGUGGAUUAUAGGGAUAUGCCCCCAGAGGAUAGGAGACAUGAACGGUUUAAUGACCGAUUUGAGCGUUACAGAGACACAGAUAGUCAAUCCGGUGAUAAAGAAAGUGUUCGCAGCUAUCAUAGUGACGAAAGACGAGAUUAUAAAAACAGACCUCAUGAUGAUGCAUAUCAUGAGAGUAGGGGGAAAGGAUAUAGGGACCAUAAUAGGAGUUUUAGUCCAACUCCAUCUAGUAUCUGUAGCAGGAGUCCUUCCUCACAAACUCAAAGAAGUUCUAGUCCACACAGAAAAUCCCGGAGUAGGGCGCGGUCUAACACGCCCACCCGGGAUGAACCCAGACACUCAGAUCCGGGUGAACACCCCGAGCCACAUAGACAUAGGGAUAAGAGACGUCCAGAGAAACAAGAAAGUCAUGAUUCUUCGUAUAAAACUGUUAAAUCAACUGUUUCAAAAUCAAAGACUAAGGAUUCAUCCAGACCAAAAUCAUAUAGGGAUGAAAGUAUGGAGGAUUAUUCAGAUGUUGAACGAUCUGGUCGAUCAGAUAGUAAAAGACGGUCUAAGGAUUAUCAUCGUAUGAAAAGUCAAGAGGAUAGUGACCGAGCACAUCGGAAAUCAGAAAAACAAAGAUCUCGCAGUGCAUCUAGUGGUUCAAGGAAUAGACAUAAAGAACAUAUAACUGACUCAGGGAACCUAAAAGACACGACAGAUAAGCAGCGUGUAGACAAUUUAGAUAAAAUUAAGCCAUCCAAGAAAGAAACUCCUAAAAAGGAUAGAAAGCAUAAAAAAUAUGAUCCAUUUGAGAAAACAUCUAGUACUAGUGGGUCUGAAACAAAAUCAGAUUCAGAAAUGGACUCCGGAGAAAUAUCAGCUAGAAGCCAUUCUAGUACAGAUUUAAACAAUUUACAGAGCACUAAAAUGGAUUUAUUAAAUCGGUUAGCAGAACUUGAUGAAGUAGUUAGCAAUAGUGAUAAUGAUUCGGGCCUUGUGGCUGAGGAUAAGCCCAGGCGCUCUAAAAAGCCUCGACUUGAAGAAGUGUUUGAUUUAGACUGGUCUUAUGGUAAACAUAAAUCUGAACCUGAAGAGGAAAGUGUAUUGGAUAUUAUUGCCCAAUGUAGGGCGGAAAAAGCUGCCCAAAGAGACCUGAAAAACUCUGGGAAGUAUAAAUCAAUAGACUCUGCACAGAGCUAUCGGAAACAAAUGGAAGAAAUUCGUAAACAGGAAACUAAGAAAUCUACAAGGGUCUCUGGAGGGCCUACGGACAGUGGGAUUAACUAUGACGAAAUGGAAAUGACUGAAAGUCAUACACCUGGUAGAUCUCCACGCGAAGUUCCAAAUGAAUUUAUCCCUAAGAAGAAACGUAAGGUUGAGACUGAUAACAAACAGAGGUCUUAUAGAAUGAAACCAACUACUGAUGAAGGUCAACUUAGCAGUGAUGAUGAGGAUAUAUUAGCACCUACAUUGUUAAAUAGACCAAAAUCAGAAUCUUUGGAUGUACAACAUAAACCUAAUGACUUUAUCCCAAGGAUGGUGACCAGUCAGUUGCAGCAGGAUCAGCAGCAGAGGCCAUAUCCCAAUGACAAAUAUCACACUGAUCAUUUCCAAAAACCAGAACCUCCUUAUCAUAAUGAGCCUCAUUUUCACAAAACUGAGCCCCAAUUUCACAAAUCUGAACCUCCUCAUAUAUCAGAGCCCCCAUUCAAUGCACCCGAGCCCCAUUUACACAACCCUGAUCCUUACUUACAUCAAUUAGAGUCCCCUAAAUCUGAUUUUGCCAAGCCAUUUGACAUUGGAUUACACAGGUCUGUGUCAAGAGAAGAUCCUCCCGAACCCUUGAAAGAAAUUGCUAGGCCUAAGGAGCCACUUCCUGCCACACUAUUUGACUCCCCUCCUGAUCCAAUGGAUGUAGCAGAUGAUUCCAAGAUGCUGCAUGCUAAUGAAAUGGAUUUAUUAGAGACCAUCGAGAAAAGACAUGAAUUCAGAUCAGAGGAAGAUGUUAAAUCUGAUAUGAGGCGUGUAGAAAUAGAUCUCAUACCUGGUACGCUACCAAACCAUGAAGCUAAAUCUGAGAAGAAAAGCUUUGUUGAAGAAUGGGCUGCAACUGGUGAUGUGAAAGCUGCAUUAAAAGAUCCAAUGGAGGUAAGAACUGUUGUAGAAGAAAUGAAGAAAGUGCGUCGCAGCUCUCGAGAGAAUGAGCAGCGAGCUUUAGCUGAUCACAGAAAAGACAACAAAUACAACAUGUCUCUGCCUCUACCCAAGUUUGCAGCCCAUAACCAUGAGGAUGAAGAUCCUACAGCUCCUGGUGGAGAUAAUGGUAUUAAGAUCAUCAAGCUUGGACAGUAUAAGAAGCCUGAGGUACUUUUACCUAAACCACAAAAAAUGGAGAAUGAGUAUAUAUCAGAUGACAGCCCUGUGUUGUCUCCUGGAGCUGUGGCAGGCCAGAUGUCUCUUGAUGAAAGGAUACGAGAGUUAGACAGAAAACUAAGCCAGACUGAACAAGUGAAGGCUAAUACAGUCCUCACUGCCAAUGUAGCAACACCAACUACUCCCUUAGCUCCUGCUAUAGACUAUCAAAAAUAUAAAAUCAGGAAAAGAGUAGAUUCAUCUGGUUCUAAUAUAUCAAACUCUAGUGAAUAUAAAAAGUCAGAUAUUAUGAAUUCAAUUCUGUCGAGGAGCAGUAUAUUUGACCAAGAUACUCAGAGACUGUCGUCAACAGGGGAAACCAAACAAAAACAGGAAGGAGGUGACAGUAGAAUGUUAUCUGGAGCUGAUUCACCUAAACAACUAUACAGUGUUCCUAAAACUCUGCCAACUUCUCUACCUACUUUGCCAAAGGAUAUACCUACUUUCAGAAAGACCACACCUGGUAUGCUGCCACCUGUUCCGCAACAUCCUCCCUCAAUGAGCAAUGCGAUUCCUACUAUGGGCUUGUCACACUCUCAACCCGACCCGCGGGCAAUGCAGGAGGCCCUUGCUAUGAGACCAGGUGUUAUAGUGAAGAAAGCUAGCGAUCCAAGAAUUUGUGACCCAAGGUUGAAUGCAAGCAGUAAUGAUCCAAGACUUAACAAUUCAGAUCCUAGACUGGGAAGUAGACAAUCUCCAGGUCAGAAUAUAGUCACGUCCCCCAGUAGUGGAUUCCAUUCUCCAGGUACCAGUGGUCUAGGCCUAUCAAGUUCUUACUCUGGUGGAAUGACGCCUCCUAUAAGAAGACCUGAACCAUUGACUAUGCCUGUUGGGAUUAUGACUCACAAGAAGCCAACCCCUGAGCCAACUAGUCAGAUGAAUAAUACAUCACCUGGAUUACAUAACCAUACCAGUCACCCACCAGCACCCCAUGGACCUUCCCCAGUAACUACACCUUCUACUUUGAUGCCCAGUCCUUCUCAAGUAUCCGGUACUAACAGCAAUAGCUCAUCUCCAAGAGCAUCAUUUGCAGCACCACCGAAACCUGAGCUGGCCUCUCCAUUCCUGAACAAGGAGCCUCCGCCAUCCAUUCUCAAGAAGGAUUCAUCAUUUGAUAAGCCAUCCACUCCUGUAACACCUACAACACCUGUUAGUAAGCCUAACUGUAGUAAUUCAACCACAAGCAACAACAAUAAUGUAUCAAAAUCUAACAAUAACAGCAGUGUAUUAGGGAAGCACAAGCUACAGGAGAACAGCAAAGGUGAUAAUAACAAGAAGACCAACUCAAACAAAAACAAACAGAAGGAAGACCCCACUAAAAUGGAUCUUUUCAAACCAGAGAACACUGUGUUGAAAAAGCCUAAAACAGAACCAAAAGACAAAGAGAAAAAACCUGAUAACAAUACUAAGAACACAGAUCACACUAACAAGGAAGCAAAAGAGAAGAAAUCAUCUUCAUCGACGCCAUCAAAAACGCAUAAAACAUCAGACAAAAAGCUGGUAAAAUCUUCAUCGCAGGAAACUCAGAAAAAGACAGAUGUGAAGGAUAAAAAAGAAAAAUCACAUGAAAAACCCUCAUCAUCAUCUACUAAGUCCACAUCUAAAGAUGCAACCAAGAAUAAAGCCAGCUCUAAAGAUGCUUCUAAAGAAAAGAAGGAUUCUUCUAAGUCUAAAGACAACCUGAAACCCAAACAUGACAUCAAGAAGGAGAAGAAAGAUAAGCAUGAGUCUAAAGAUAAGAAGGUGGAAAACAAAGAAAAGAAGGUUGAAAAGAAAUUAGAAAAACAAGACAGUGACAAAUCUGAGAAAGAAGAAAAGCCUGAGAAGAUCGAAAAAACUGAGGGUGAAAAAUCUGACAAGGAAAAGUCGGAAAAGAAGCCUGAAAAGAUUGAAAGAAUUGACAAACCUGUAACUGUUAAAACUGAGAAGCCAGAGAAGCAUAAAUCAGAGAAGCAUGAUAAAAUCCCAAAAGAAGAUAAAAAGAGUCCUGAAAAGGCCCAUAGUGAUAAAGCAUCUAGCCCUGAAAUUAAGGAGCAUAAGAGCGACAAGACUAAGACUGAAGGAUGUAAACCCCACAAAGAUAGCACAAAACCAGAUGACAAGCAUGACAAGAAGCCUCCAAAGUCUGACAGCAAGCAUGCUGAUAAACAGAAGACCAAGGAUAAUCAUGGCAAACAGAAGGAUAAAUCUAAACACUCCAGUUCUUCAAAGCAGGAUAAAACAAGCAAAUCAUCAGACAAGAGUGAAAAUAAGUCAAGGUCAAAUAAGGAUGGUGUCAAGAAAGAGAAUGGUGAUAGCAACAAAAGUGGGUCAAGCAAAGACAAGCAGUGUGAAAAGCACAAAAGCAGCAAAGAUAAAGAUGAUAAGGAACAUGAUAAAAAGUCAAACAACAAAAAGAAUGAGUCUAAAUCAAAUAAGGACAGCGAGAAAAGGGAUAGAAAAGAUGAUCAAAAUGACAAAAAGAAAAAGGGCCGGAAAGAAUCACUUCCUGGUGGACUUCGGGAACUAAUGGAUUUAGGUUGGCCUGGAGAUGAGCCACAGGCAGUUUUCUCAUCUAUGUACGAUAAAAUCAAACGUAGAUCAACAACUGUCAAGCCUGAAGACCACAACACAUCCUGGUUCAGCUCUAGUAGACAAAGAUCCAAGAGCCAAGACACGGACAGUUUGUUUGAUUCUGACAGGGACAGCGAGGAUUCUUUUGAAGACACCAGGUCAACUCAGAAGUCAAAAACCAUAACAGAAAAACAAGCCCCAAAGAAGAAGAAAACCAGUUCUACUUCUGAUGAUGAACAUAAGAAGAAUAAGUCUAAAUUCUCGACCAAGAACUUUUCAAAUGAUCUAAGUGAUAUAUCAGAUGAUAGUGAUGAUGACUUUUCAAAACAAAGUAAGAAAAUAAUCAAAAAGAAGAAAAAGAAGCCAACCUUGGAUAAAUCCGAUUCAGAAUGGGAAAAUCUGAUGAACAGUCAAACAAAGAAAACUCCAGAGAAGAAAAAAUCUAGUAAAUCUACAAAGAGUAUGACAAAGGAACGGAAUUUGUUUGGAACAUCUGAAUCUGAAUCAGACUGGAGUCAUAUCAAAAAGUCUGGUUCUACCAAGAAAAAAGCUAAAAUCUCAGAUAUUUACAGUUCAACAGAAUCUGAUUCCUCUGACUCUGAUGUGCCUAGUAAAUCAUCUAUAUCUCCGACAACUACUAUACCCCGCAUGAAGGUAGAGACUAUGCCAAAACCUAAACAGAAAGCUAGAGACAAAAACAAACCCAAGUCUAUUACAGAUAGUGAUACAACAUCUGAUUCUGAUUCAGGAUAUGACAUAUCAAAUCGACAUAAUGCAGAGAAGUCCAAGAAUAAGGUAACACCUAAGAAACAGUCUAAUAGUCUAAGGUUUACUACAUCGGGAUCUGGUGGAUCUGAUACAGAACCUUUCAAUUCUCCUGAUGUUUUGCGUCCUGAUCAAGCAAAACCUUUCACCUUCAAGCCGAAACCAUCACAGAGUAAACCAAGCCAUAGUAAGCCAGAGAAAAAUAAGACUGAAAAAUCAAGACCAUUGAAAGACCAAAGCAAGGUGGAGAAGUCUGAGAGAGAUCAUAACAAACCAGACACCCAUGUUAGAUCUGAAAGAGACAACAAGUCAAAGGCUGAAAGAGACCAAAAGCAGAAGUCUGAUAGAGAUAUAAAGGCAAAGCACGAUAGAGAACUGAAGUCAGAGAAAGAUAACAAAACUGAAAGAUCAGAAAAGGAUUCCCAUAAAUCAUUGUGGGACAAUAAACCAAGAAAGGAUUCUCAUAAAUCAGAUAAUAGGGGAGAAAAAGAAACUCAUAAAUCAUUAUGGAAUAACAAAACAGAAAAAGAUUCUC